CCACCUUUCAUUUCUCACAUGCAUUAGCCAAAUCAAGAAAACCCUUAUCAAUAUAACCCUUCUUCACAUUAUUAUUACUACCAUGUUUUCUUUAAGACUCUCCAUUCCAUUAGAGAAAACUCUAAUAACAUAUUCUACACCAAAAACAAUUACCUCUUAUAAUUUUAAUUAUUACUCUUAUCAUAAUUUUCUUCCAUAUUCUUCUAAAUCCAUUAUCAAACACAGCACAAUCUCCAUGGCUUUUAAGGAUGAAGUGAAAGGAGAAACUUUUAUCGACGAAGAUUUUUCCGAAUUGGAGCCAUUGCCGGGAGAGCUGAAGGCGGAGCUGAUGCCAAAGCAUGUGGCGGUGAUUAUGGAUGGGAACGGGAGGUGGGCGAAGAUGAAAGGGUUACCGGUGUCUUCCGGUCACGUCGCUGGUGUGAAGUCGUUGAAAAGGAUGGUGAAGCUAUGUUAUAGUUGGGGAAUAAAAGUUCUCUCCAUUUUUGCGUUUUCUACUGAUAACUGGAUCAGGCCUAAGGUGGAAGUUGAAUUCUUAUUUACACUCUUUGAAAGAUCAAUACUUUCUCAAUUUGAAGAAUGCAAGAGGGAAGGAAUUAAAAUAUCUGUAAUUGGAGAUACAUCAAAGCUCCCCAAAACUUUGCAACAAAUGAUAGCUGAUAUUGAGGACUAUACGAAGGAGAAUUCAAAAUUCCAAGUUAUUUUGGCAGUUAACUAUGGUGGGAAAUAUGAUGUAGUCCAAGCAUGUAAGAGUGUAGCUAAGAAAGUGAAAGAUGGCCUUAUUCAUUUGGAAGACAUUAAUGAAAACAUGUUUGAAAAGGAGUUGGAGACAAACUGUACUGAGUUUCCUUACCCAGAUUUAUUGAUCCGGACAAGUGGAGAACUUAGAGUUAGUAAUUUUUUGUUAUGGCAAUUGGCAUACACAGAAUUUUUCUUUAAUAACAAAUUGUGGCCAGAUUUUGGGAAGGAUGAGUUUAUAGAGGCCUUAAUAUCAUUUCAACAUAGACAUAGACGUUAUGGUGGGAGAUAUUAAUUAGUUCAUAACCAUUUAUUUUCUAAUAUCAUAGUUGUGAUAUAUUAGUAUGACAAAUUUACAAAUAUAUGUCUAGACUCUAAAGUAUGUAGAUUCUUAUUGUAUACUUAUAGAUAAAAUAAAUAAAGUUUUUCUUUACAUGUGCUUGUGAGU